AUGAACACCUCGACAUCUUUCGAAGAGCUUUUGGCUCUGCAAACACAGAAGAUGAGUUUCGUAUCACGGGCGCUCAUCAAUUACAAGAAGCUGGGGCAAGCCAAAAUGACACCUGCGGUGACACGUCAACGUCUCGUCACCUUGAAGGAAGCCUUUGCCACUUGCCAGGAGCUCGACAGUCGAAUCGGGCUUCAUGCGGACGAUGACGACAAAGCAUCGCAUACCUACUUCACAAAGAAUUCGUUUCUGGAAUGUGAGGACUGCUACAACGAGGCUGCCGACUACAUGGCUGAGGUAUUAGAGAGCUACGAAUCCCGCAUCCCUCCCGCUACAUCAUCACAAAACGUAAGUGGCUUGCAUGAUGUUUUCCGACCCGCGUCGCAUCUUCCGAGGAUCAACCUACCGACCUUCGACGGGAGCAUCGACAAGUGGGAAAGCUUUCGCGAUAAAUUCCAGUCGAUGAUUCAUAAUGAUCCUAGUUUGUCAAAUGUCGAUCGCUUACAUUAUUUAUGCUCAUGUGUAAAAGGGGAUGCAAGUAACGCGCUUGACCACCUCGCGGUAACCAAUAAUAAUUUCGACGUCGCGUGGAGAAUUCUAGUCUCUCGGUACGACAACAAACGUCGUCUUGUUACAACGCAUUUACAAUCGCUGUUAAAUUUGCCGUUACUGACCACAGAAACCGCUCAUGACCUUCGUCAGCUUCGCGACCAAACAAACAAAGCAAUCCAAGCGCUUAGAAAUCUCAACCGUCCUGUCGAACAUUGGGAUGAUUUGCUUGUUUUGCUCGUCGCACAAAAACUCGAUAAAUACUCGCGUAAAGCUUGGGAACUCAAGCUCGGCGAUACGGUGGAAUAUCCGCGUUAUAAUGAGCUCGAUCAAUUUCUUGAGUCUCGAAUUCGCGCUCUCGAGGCGAUCGUACCACUUUCUAAAGAAAAACCAUCCUCUACCUCUAAAGGAAAAAUUCUUGUGUCGCAUACCGCGUCCACCGUUUCGUUCGCAUGUCCGUUGUGCAAGGCCAAUCACUUAUUAUACCAAUGUUCGACAUUUUUAAAGCAAACACCCUCUCAACGUUUCGAUUUUAUUAAGCAGCGAAAACGAUGUUUAAACUGUUUUAGUAGUAAGCAUUCCGUCAAAGAUUGUUCGAAUUCGCGCGUAUGCCGCCAGUGUAAUAAACGUCAUCACACGUUAUUACAUUUCGAUAACUCGACUCCGCCGGUGCAAACGGAGUCACCGCCAGCAACAAGCGCAAAUGUAAACGAAGUCAUGUCGCAUUUACUAUCGAAAACCGUCGCGCCUAAUUCUAAUAUUUUGCUUGCGACUGCCCGGGUGAGAGUCUAUUCGCCUGUUGGACGUUUUAUAACUGCACGCGCACUUCUGGAUCAAGGUUCCGUUUCUACGUUUAUUACCGAAUCGCUCGCGCAACGUUUACGACUCUCUAAAAUAAAUCGUUCAAUGUUCGUCACCGGCAUCAGCGAGAUGCAAUCCGUUGUCCGUCACGCCGCUCAUCUUACAAUUACGCCGGCGAAUCGCGACGAACCCGCUUAUUCAACGACCGCACUCAUUCUUCGAUCGUUGACAAAAUAUGUACCGAAUCGAAUAAGCACGACGGGUACGUGGAACCAUGUCGACGGACUCCAAUUAGCGGAUAGUGACCCCAUGAGUACCGACCCGAUUGAUAUGAUAAUCGGAGCGGAUUUAUACGGCAUGCUCGUACUCGAUGGUGUUCGACAAGGUUCCGAAACGGAGCCCACCGCGCAAAAUACUACUCUCGGUUGGAUUUUGUCCGGGCCAAUCGCUUCGUCCCCGACCAAUCUUUCGAUUUUUGAGACCGCGCAUCACGGAGUCGUCCUUGAAGCGUUAGAUUUCGACCUUCGUCGUUUCUGGGAGACUGAAGAGGUCCCUCAGACCCAACAUCAUAGCCCUGACGAGCGCAAGUGUGAAGAGCACUUUCUCGCUACCCAUUCCCGCACUCCUCAAGGACGCUAUAUUGUUAGAUUACCGUUUAAAACCGGACCACCACUCUCGUUAGGAGAAUCUCGCUUCAUUGCCGAAUCGAGCCUCUAUCGCUUAGAGCGACGUUUCAAACGCAAUCCAUCUAUCGCUUCAGAAUACCACGACUUUCUCAAGGAAUACGAAAACCUUGGUCAUAUGAUCAAAAUUCCACCGACAGAAAUUGUCCAACCGGAUCAAAGUUAUUACAUACCGCAUCAUGCUGUCUUACGUGACAGUAGUGCAACUACUCGACUGCGGGUUGUUUUUAAUGCAUCCUGCCGUACCACUAACGGAACCUCGUUAAACGAUAAUAUGUUUAUCGGACCUAAACUUCAAAAGGAUUUGGCCGCUGUCAUAAUGCAGUGGCGCCAAUAUCGUUACGUAUUUACCGCCGAUAUCGCCAAAAUGUAUCGUCAAAUUUUAGUUGACUUCCGCGAUACUGAUUACCAGCGCAUUCUAUGGCGCUCUUCUCCCAGCGAACCUGUUCGCGACUACCGUCUUCUUACCGUGACGUACGGCACUGCCGCCGCUCCGUAUCUCGCUCUUCGAGUGCUAGACCAACUCGCUGAAGAUGACGGUGCUCAAUUUCCGUUGGCCGUCCCUGUUCUACGUCAUCAAACAUACGUUGAUGAUUGCGCGUUCGGAGCCGACGAUCAUAUCCUUGCACGGCAAACACGAGACCAAUUAAUCGCGCUUCUCGCUAAAGGAGGCUUUCGCCUACGAAAGUGGGCAAGUAAUUCUCCAGAUCUUUUGUCAGACCUCGAUCCUGCCGAUCAUGGACUAGCCACUCACAAAGUCCUCCAAGACGAUGAACACCUUAAAGUGUUAGGAGUUAGUUGGAAUCCAAAGCUCGAUGCGUUUCAACUUCGCGUAUCUCUUCCGUCUUCGCCGGGAAAAACGAAAAGAGCUAUUCUCUCGACAAUCGCUGGGUUUUUCGAUCCGAUGGGAUGGGCCGCUCCCGUCAUCAUCGGUGCAAAGAUCUUUAUGCAACGAUUGUGGUCGAUCCAAUGUCAGUGGGACGACGACAUUCCGGGUGAACAUUUCGACCACUGGGCAACUUAUCAUCACCAACUACCGCAUCUCGAGACGCUCAGUAUUCCGCGUUGGACGACGCACGGAUCUCAUACUCUGCACAGCGCACUCCAUGGCUUUUCCGAUGCCUCAACUAUGGCUUUCGCAGCCGUUGUUUACCUUCGCGUUGUUAAUGUCGACGGCUCAAUUAACAUCUCUCUUCUCAUCGCAAAAUCGAAAGUGGCUCCCCUCAAGACGAUAAGCGUUCCCCGAUUGGAAUUGUCGGCGGCGCUCCUUCUCGCUCGGUUAGUUAAUUAUGUGCGGUCCGCUCUUCAACUUCCGAGUAUCGAAUGUCACUGUUGGACCGACUCAACCAUCACACUCGCUUGGCUAAGUCAGUCUCCAUCUCGAUGGAAAACUUUCGUUGCCAAUCGCGUUUCGAUCAUUCAGUCCUUGCUGCCUGAAGUUUCUUGGCGUCAUGUUCCAACGCAGGACAAUCCUGCCGAUUGUGCUUCUCGCGGUCUAGCUCCCCAUGCUCUCGCAAAUUAUAAUUUAUGGUGGUCAGGUCCUUCAUGGCUUUGCCAAUCUCCAGAAUCCUGGCCGACUUGCGAGCUCUCGAUACCAGCCGAGACCGCCCUUGAACAGCGUUCUCAACCACCUAUUCAUUCUUUACAUGUAACCCCUAGUUGGGAUCUCGCAUCACGUUAUUCUUCGUGGCCUCGAUUGCUCCGAAUUACCGCUUAUCUUUACCGUUUUCUUUAUCGACUCCGAUCCUCUAAAAGCGCAUCGUCUUCACAAGCGAUCCUCCAUCCCGAAGAGAUCCAGAAAGCCAAACAUUACUGGCUCCGAGUUAUGCAAUCCGAGAUGUUUUCCGUUGAAAUCUCGACUUUACAACGGCAACUUCCGUUACAAAAAACUAGUUCCUUAUCCACACUCAAUCCUUAUUUAGACGCUGACGGACUUCUUCGCAUCAGAGGACGGCUCCGUCAUGCUUGCCUUUCAGAAACGACGAAGAAUCCGCUCGUAUUACGAGCACAUCCAUUGCUAAUUCUUAUUAUUUAG